CUGCGAGAAACUCCAAGUGUUACCAUCAUGUUUGCUAUUCGCGAUGCAUUUACAAGGUCUACCGCCAUUACGCUACCUGCCAUUAUUCGCUACAAAGCUACACUUCCGGUUGUGCAGAAGGACAAACCGCCCCAUCUGCCGUAUUCCCCGUUUGGAGCGAAACAAUCCAACACUGCCGAAUGGACGGUGGCCCGGUUGGAUGAUUUGCUAAACUGGGGUCGCAAAGGAUCGAUGUGGCCCCUGAUGUUCGGUCUCGCGUGCUGCGCCAUGGAAAUGAUGCAAGUCGGUGCACCACGCUACGAUAUAGAUCGGUUCGGUGUGCUGUUCCGUGCAUCGCCAAGACAAACCGAUUUCAUCAUCGUAGCCGGAACAUUAACCAACAAAAUGGCACCGGCACUGCGGAAACUGUACGACCAAAUGCCAGAACCACGCUGGGUUAUCUCGAUGGGUAGCUGCGCCAAUGGUGGCGGGUACUAUCACUACUCGUAUUCCGUGGUACGUGGUUGCAAUCGGAUUAUACCUGUUGACAUCUACGUGCCUGGAUGUCCACCCACAGCCGAGGCAUUGAUUUACGGAAUUUUGCAACUGCAAAAGAAGGUGAAACGCAUGAAAACGGUACAGAUGUGGUAUCGUAAAUAGCUUAUCGCUAUUUACUA